CUUUUCAGUAAAAUGGCACAAGCGAAUAUUCCCCUUUCUCUGGAUCAUUUCAGCUGUUCAAUCUGUCUGGAUCUACUCAAGGAUCCAGUAACUCUUCUCUGUGGACACAGUUUCUGUAUGGUCUGCAUUAAUGGCUGCUGGGAUCAGGAGGAUCAGCAGGGAGUCUAUAGCUGUCCUCAGUGUAGACAAACCUUCACUCCAAGACCUGCUGUGAGUAAAAACACCAUGCUGGCUGAAGUAGUGGAGACACUGAAGAAGACAGGACUCCAAGUUAAACGUCCUGCUCAGUCUACAGCUGGACCUGAAGAUGUGGAGUGUGAUUUUUGUACUGAGAAUAAAUCCAAAGCCAUCAAGUCCUGCCUGGUGUGUCUGGCCUCUUUCUGUGAAACUCAUCUCCAGCCUCACUAUAAAUCUCCAGCCUUUAAGAAGCACAAGCUGGUGGAAGCCUCCAGACGACUCCAGGAGCAGAUCUGCUCUCAGCAUGACAAACUGCUGGAGGUUUACUGUCGCACUGACCAGCAGUGUAUCUGCAUGUUGUGUAUGAUAAAUAAACAUAAAGGACAUGAUACAGUAUCAGCUGCAGCAGAACGAGCUGAGAAACAGAAGCUGCUGCUGGAGGUGCAGGGAAAAUACCAACAGAGAAUCCAGCAAAGAGAGAAGGAGCUUCAGGAGCUAACAAAAGCUGUGGAGUCUCACAAGCUCUCUGCUCAAACAGCAGUGCAGGAAAGUGAGAAGAUCUUUACUGAUAUAAUCAAAACACUUGAGAGAAGAUGUUCUGAGGUCACAGCACUGAUCAGAGCUCAGGAGAAAGCUGCAGUGAGUCGAGCUGAAGAAAUCAUGAAGCAACUGGAGCAGGAGAUUGCGGCGCUGAAGAGAAGGAAUGCUGAGAUGGAGGAGUUUUCACACGUCGAGGAUCCCAUUUAUUUUCUCCAGGUAGAGUCACUAAGACCGUAAUCACUUAGGGUACAUGCUCACUGGCCAAAAUGUGCAUCUAAUUUUUUAAACAAAUUAUACAAGCCCAUUCAAAUGAAGAAGCUUGUUUAUAUUGUGUGUGCAACUACAUAUGAACAGUAUGACUUUAAAAAAUAUGACAAGUUAAUAUUUCAUGAUGAUGUGCUUUAAGCUAUGACCUAGAAAAUGACCUACAAAGACAA